AUGAAUCAGAUGCCUGCUGUGACAAAAACAAACUUAACUUUAUGCGGAUACAAUUAUUUUUACACAUGUUGGUGUUCAUCUGUUAAUUCAAAUUUAUCAUCAUGUACGUUUCUCUUACGACAUGUGGCAUCAAAUUCCAGUCACAUUUGUGUAUGGCAUAUUAUUCGUCAACUCGUGGAAUGUUUUGAUAUAUCUGUCCUACAGCCAUCAGCAGCAAUUAUACAAUCUUCCACCUUGAGUGAUCAUCAUAAUCAGGCUUACUUUUCAUCGUCAUUGUACAUUUAUUGCACUAUAAUACUGUUUGUCAUUGGUUUAUUUGGUAAUGGACUAUCAGUUCUUAUUUUACUGUCGAAAUCAUUAAGAAAACUAUCCGUCUAUCGGAAUCUGGCUAUUAUUUGUGGUUUGAAUAUUGCCUAUUUAACAUCGAUAUUCGUUCGUCAUAACAAUUUUUAUAAACAUGAUAUACGGAAACUAUCGGUUAGAAAAUGUCAUCUUCAUUCGUUUCUUGUUGCUUAUCUUGGUCAUUUAUGUUCAUGGCAAUUAUGUUCAAUGUCAAUCGAACGAGUUCACGCUCUUCUCAGUCUUCAAGCGCAUCGUCCGACAUCAUGGAUACGUACAACUAUUUUAUUUUUAAUAAUUGCAAUACCAUUAUUUUUAUUCGAUGGUCAGUUACUGUUCAAGUAUGGUUUAAAUUCAAAAAUAAACUCUAUUUGUUUAUCUAGUAGUAUACGAAAUGACAAAAACAUCAGCAUUAACAAUAGUCAAGAUGUAUCUCAUCAUUUUCAACGAGCGUUCCAAUAUCCAAUUAAUUUAUCCUCAACAAUAGCCAAUUCAACAUAUCUAUAUCAUACAACAUCAACACAAAAUGUUUCUUUCUCAAACAUGCAACAUCAUAGAGGAGGAUGUGUACUAUGGAAUAUUUAUGAUGGAUUCAUUUAUGCUCUAAUUCCAUUUAUUAUUACCACCAUAUGUAGCUUCAUUGUUGUUCUCAAAGUAUGUGAAAGACGGCGUUUAACAGUUGUUGCUGGAGGCGGUCGACACAUGAGACAGACCCACGCAAGGUUUAGAAUAUCCGAUAAUCUAUCAGUUGUUUUAAUUGCUGUGAAUAUUUUAUUUCUUUUAAUGACAAGUCCAUUUAACUUUUAUUUAAUUAUUAAUUCGUUUCAACCCAAUGCAAAAUGCUUUCAACAUCCAUUACUGAAUGAAAUUCUACGAACAAUACAAAAUGCUUAUCAUGCAUUAAAUUUUGUAUUCUAUUGUGUUGUGGGUAAAAAAUUUCGAAAUUCUUUUCUUCACAUCUAUUUAAAAAUUUAUAAACGACUAUUGUGUCGAUAUACAUUACCAUUUACUAUUCUCACAAGAUGUUGUGAUGAAAGACGACGUUCUUCUAGUGGAGUACAGAUUACAAAUUUGACCAACAGUGAUCCAAAAUAUCGACAUGUACGACUCAUAAGAGAAUUACAGCGAACAUCAAUCGAACAUGUGCAGACAGUUCACAUACAAAUGCAAACGUUAAAAUGA